AUGGAUGAUACACAUUCUGAUGUUACAUGUGCUGGUGGUACAUUUAAUGAUGAUACACUUGUUCAAGAUUAUAUACUUAAUGAUGACGAUUAUAAUUAUAGUUUUGAUUUUAAACCGAAUUCGGUUCAAUCAGCUGAAAUAAUUGCUGAACAAGAAGAUGAACCGUUAUAUACUGGUGCACCUGUGACAUUUAAAUCUUACCAUAAACAAAUAUUGGAAAUUGGAAAUUCAGUUAAAUUAAGUGAUUCCAAUAUGAAUAAAUUAUUGCAAUUAAUUGGAAAUGCAUUAUCAAUAGAAAAUAAGUUAUUAAGGUCAUAUAAAAAAUUACUUACUGCUUUUAAAAUAACAUCAACAUUUAAUCAAGAACUUAAAUGCAAAUAUUGUUUAAGAAUAAUUGACAAAACCAAUUCUUGUUCUAUUAUUUGCAAACAAGACAAAUGUCAACGACGGAUUGGUGAUGUUAUAGAACAUGUAUCUGUUAAUCGUUCAUAUGGACAAUUAAUUGAAAUUAUCCGUCGGAAUAAACACUUAAUACUGGAUUAUCCACAAAUUGCCAAUAAUUUAUUACCAUGUGAUGUUAUUAGCGGAUCAACUUAUCAAGAAAAAAGAAAAAAUCUUAAAUCAUUAAAUGGAACAUAUUCUGUUACCUUGAUGAUUCACAUUGAUGGUUUUCAAUUAGUUCAUUGGACAAAAAAGUACACAUGGUUAGUAACAGCAUCUAUAGCUGAAAUUCCACCACCACUUAGAGAGAACAAACUGAACAUGUUAUUGUUGUCGUUAUGGUACAACAGCUCAGUAAAACCAGAUGCAAAUUCGUUAUUAGAUGAAAUUUGUGAUACAAUAAAACAAACAGUCAUUGUUGAUAAUAUUAAUUUUGCGGUUGAUGUAUUAUUAUUUAAAGCUGAAUUACCACCUCGUACAUUAGCAACAAAACAUGUCAAUCAUAAUGCAUAUUACGCUUGUCUUGAAUGUGACCAGGAAGGAGUUUGGUAUGAAGAAAGUCGAACUGUUAUAUAUCCUUAUAUUCCACAUCAGAUGAAUAGUCGUUCAUCAUUUCAUUUUGAUUUUUGUGCUAAACAAGUUAAUCAACAAUUAUCUUGUGACAAUUAUUAUGGUAUAAAAGGUGUUAGCCCAUUAAGAAAAAUAAUGAACAUUCCAAAUCAAAUUAAUAUUGAUAUAAUGCAUUUAUGUUUCAUCGGACAUUGAAAUUUCUUAUUAUGCAAAUGGGAAAAAAUGAUUGUUAAACAAAGUUGGUUAUCAGGUAACGAGGGUGUGUGUGGGGUGUGGGUGGGUGUGGGUGUGGGUGUGGGUGUGGGUGUGGGUGUGGGUGUGGGUGUGGGUGUGGGUGUGGGUGGUGGGUGUGGGUGUGGGUGUGGGUGUGGGUGUGGGUGUCGGUGUGGGUGUGGGUGUGUGUGUGUGUGGGUGUGGGUGUGAGUGUGGGUGUGGGUGUGUGUGGGUGUGUGGGUGUGUGUGUGUGUGGGUGUGGGUGUGAGUGUGGGUGUGGGUGUGGGUGUGGGUGCUGGUCUUCUCUAAACCCACCCCACCCACACGCACACCCACACCCCCCACCCCACCCACAGACCGAACCCCG